CCAGACCCAGACCCAGACCCGCUCCGGAUCAGAAACCUCAAACUGCUCCAUCUUCAGCAAGCUUUUGCGAAACAGAGCAACAUAUCUCAACUCCCACAAACCACAAUCGCACGCAAAAUUUAACAUACUUGAUCCACAACGCGCUUAUAUUCCCCCCAAAUCUUACAAAGUCAUACUGUACACAGCAUUUCCGGAACCCUCAAAUUCAAUCGGAUCAUUCUCACAUUUAUGUGAUUCAAACACAAUUUCACAAAAUAAUGGAUGCGGCUUCGAUCAGAGUUCCGUACAGAAAUUUGAAGCAGGAAGUCGAACUAGUAGGUGCCGACGAGUGGGAGCAUCGGCAGAUCCAUAAUUCAUCUUCGCCGCCGGGAGCAUCCGAUGCCGGAGAUUCGCGGCAGGAUACUGAUCACCAUAUUCCGCCGCCGAAUACUUGCAGCUUAUUGACGCUGAUCCUCAGCUGUACGGUCGCCGCAGGUGUACAGUUUGGUUGGGCACUUCAGCUUUCUCUCCUCACUCCUUAUGUUCAGGUUCAACCAUGUGUUGGAAUAUGGAGCGACAAAUGCACUUCCAAGUAUGGCAGACGGAGACCAUUUAUUUUAGUUGGGUCACUGAUGAUCUCUGUUGCUGUCGUAAUAAUCGGGUAUUCCGCAGACAUUGGUUACAUAUUGGGGGAUACAAAGGAGCAUUGCAGCACGUUUGAAGGUACUCGUACCAGGGCAGCUUUCAUCUUUGUGAUUGGAUUUUGGAUGCUAGACCUUGCAAACAACACUGUGCAGGGUCCUGCUCGAGCUCUCCUAGCUGAUUUAUCAGGUCCAGAUCAGAGAAAUUCGGCAAAUGCCAUAUUUUGCUCCUGGAUGGCUGUUGGAAACAUUCUAGGGUUCUCUGCUGGUUCUAGCGGAAACUGGCACAGAUGGUUUCCAUUCUUGACAAGCAGAGCUUGUUGUGAACCUUGUGGGAAUCUCAAAGCAGCAUUUUUGGUUGCAGUGGUCUUCCUUUCUCUUUGUACGCUUGUGACCCUCUUCUUUGCAAAAGAAGUACCACUGACGCAUACACAGCACCGUUUAUCAGAUUCUGCUCCUCUCUUGGAUGAUCAUCAAAUAAAUGGAUCUGACCUUUCGAAAUCAAAAAUUGAUUCAGCAUCCAGUCACCAUACAUUAGAAAAUAAGUCUGAGAGUCAUUACACAGCGGGCGAUGCUGGAGAACAGAAGGAUCAAAAUAGCAUCGAGGAUACUUUUAGUGACAGUCCUGGGGCAGUUUUGGUGAAUCUACUCACCAGCUUACGUCAUUUGCCUCCAGCAAUGCACUCAGUGCUGGUUGUCAUGGCUUUGACUUGGUUGUCUUGGUUUCCCUUUUUUCUCUUUGACACUGAUUGGAUGGGGAGAGAAGUUUUCCACGGUGAUCCAAAAGGAGAGCCUAAUGAAGUUCAAGCUUAUAAUCAAGGUGUCAGAGAAGGUGCAUUUGGUUUGCUAUUGAAUUCUGUUGUUCUGGGUAUCUGCUCUUUCUUUAUCGAUCCAAUGUGUCAGUGGCUUGGAGCUAGACUAGUCUGGGCUGGUAGCAACAUUAUUGUGUUUGUGUGCAUGGCUGGCACUGCACUUAUUAGCUUGGUAUCUCUGAGACAAUAUUCUGAUGGGGUUCAGCAUGUUAUUGGUGCCAAUGAAACUACUAAGGUUGCAUCUUUGGUGAUUUUUGCAAUUCUUGGUAUUCCUCUUGCUAUCACUUAUAGUGUACCCUUUUCUGUCACUGCGGAAUUGACUGCUGAUUCAGGAGGUGGACAAGGACUGGCGAUUGGAGUUCUAAAUCUUGCAAUUGUGAUACCUCAGAUGAUCAUAUCCCUUGGUGCCGGUCCAUGGGAUGCUUUAUUUGGUGGUGGUAACAUACCAGCAUUCGUCUUAGCAUCAGUCAGCGCCCUGGCAGCUGGUGUUAUCGCAGUUCGCAAGCUUCCAAAUCUUUCUAGUAACUUUAAAUCUACUGGUUUCCAUUUUGGUUGAUCAAUUUUCCCAGACGAUUCAAUUCAACUCGCCAAUAGUUCCACGCUAGGACAGGGAACUUGUACACGAUCACACACACACACACCGUGAGGCCAAGAAUGCACAUAUUAUUUCUGAGAGAGAGAUGAGAUUCCACACAUUCAUUCAAUUUUUCCCCUAGCAAGGGGAUUAUACAGUAAGUAUAGUAUACUAUAGGUCUAUUUCCGGAUGUAGUAAAAAGCGUAGAUGGGAUAUAGAUAACGUGCUACUGUAGUUCUUAUAUGUGAAAUCUGUCAACAUAAUCAUUGGGGAUAUAAUAACAGUUGCAAAUGAAAUUCAUAGUAUCUGGUAACACAACUUAGUGACAAGUCCUUUCAGAAUCCUCCCUUUUCAUGUAUGAAAAUUGUAACACAUAACGAACUGAAACUGUGAUUGAUACCUACAGAUGCCUACUAAGUUCUCUUCUGGGGAAUAAUACAGAGAGACACUCUUGAUAUCCAUCGUUGUAAUUGCUGCUUGAACAGGAAACUGGAUAACAGUUUCUGGUCGAAUCAUCGUCGUAUUCAGGUAAACCAUGAAUAGACACAAUUUCCACAUUAGACAGUUUACUAUUUCAGGCUGCUGCAUUAUUGAGCAUCUUUCUGUUUUUUACUGAAUGCAUAUUUAUACCUCUGUUUCUGUACCUUGAGAAUCUCUCGUCUCCUUCACAUUCCCCAGUUGAGGCAGAUAUCUGUCAAUUCUUGGUUUUCUUGCUUGCA